AUGCAGUCUCUCGCGCUCCUCUCCCCUAUCGCGUCUCUCGCAGCUAUCAGUUCGUUCGACCCGGGAUCCCACCAUGAAGGCAUUCAAGCUGCUGGGGCUGGGGCCGCAGGACAGUCCAUGAAGGCAUUCAAGGUGCUGGGGCUGGGCACGCAGGACACGGUGCACUACGCGCGCGCGGGGGGAGGGGGGGUCGCUCUUCCCCACCUCUCUUCUUUUCCCCUCUCCCCCCUUCCCCCCACCUUCCCCCCCUCCCCUCCCGCCCCCCUGCACGCAGCCAUGAAGGCAUUCGCACUGCUGGGGCUAGGCGCGCAGGACAUAGUGCAGUAUGUGUGCGUGGGGGAGGUGGGGGGCGACGGCGCAGGGGACAACGACCACGACCUCGACCCCCUCGACCACGAUAGCCACAACCACGUCGCCAGCUCCGCGGGGGGCGCAUCUCUGCCCACGCGUGAGAGUCCCCUGCGCGGAAGCAGCAGCACCGGCAGGCUGAGCGCGCUGCUGAGGGAGCGCUGGAUCAGGAGAUGGCGGGCGGUGGGCGAGGGGGGGGGGGGGGGGUGUGGGGGGGGGGGGGAGGGAGAGGGGGACGAGGGGGGAGUGGUGUGGGGGAGGUGCGGAGGCCGCGGCAAGCUGCUACUGCGCCCUGGUGCUCGUGAGGGAGUGAAAGGGGGAGAGCGGAAGGGAUUGUGA